GGGCCGGCCCGCUCCCCCCACGUGUCCGCCUGAGUUUCUCCACCAGCAACAUGGCCGCUGCCUGAGAGGAGAGCCGGGCCGCCGCCGCCUCUGCAGCCCGCGGCUACCUGGGCCGUUGCCGCCGCCCGCUCGCGGGCCCAGCGGAGAGGUCAAGUCCGAGAACUGUGCGGCUGGCUCCCCGCUUAGUAUGGCCAAUGAAGAGGAUGACCCAGUUGUACAGGAGAUCGAUGUGUACUUGGCCAAAAGUCUGGCAGAGAAGCUCUAUCUGUUUCAGUACCCUGUGCGCCCAGCCUCGAUGACCUACGAUGACAUUCCGCACCUCUCAGCCAAGAUCAAGCCCAAGCAGCAGAAGGUAGAGCUUGAGAUGGCCAUCGACACCCUGAAUCCCAACUAUUGCCGCAGCAAAGGGGAGCAGAUUGCACUGAAUGUGGAUGGCGCCUGUGCCGACGAGACCAGCACAUAUUCCUCGAAGCUGAUGGACAAGCAGACGUUCUGCUCCUCCCAGACCACCAGUAACACGUCCCGUUACGCUGCUGCGCUCUACAGGCAAGGUGAGCUCCACCUGACUCCUUUACAUGGCAUCCUGCAGCUGCGGCCCAGCUUCUCCUACCUGGAUAAGGCAGAUGCCAAGCACCGAGAGAGGGAGGCCGCCAAUGAGGCGGGAGACUCUUCACAGGACGAGGCAGAAGAAGAUGUGAAGCAGAUCACGGUCCGGUUCUCCCGGCCCGAGUCAGAACAGGCCCGCCAACGUCGUGUGCAGUCCUACGAGUUCCUGCAGAAGAAGCAUGCCGAAGAGCCCUGGGUCCACCUGCACUACUACGGCCUGAGGGACAGCCGCUCUGAGCAUGAGCGCCAGUACCUGCUGUGCCAGGGCUCCAGUGGGGUCGAGAACACGGAGCUCGUCAAGUCACCCAGUGAGUACCUCAUGAUGCUGAUGCCACCCAGCCAGGAGCAGGAGAAAGACAAACCCGUGGCCCCCAGCAAUGUCCUGUCCAUGGCCCAGCUGCGCACCCUGCCACUGGCUGAUCAGAUCAAGAUCCUGAUGAAGAAUGUGAAGGUCAUGCCUUUUGCCAACUUGAUGAGCCUCCUAGGCCCCUUCAUCGACUCUGUGGCUGUUCUGCGUGGCAUCCAGAAGGUGGCGAUGUUAGUCCAAGGAAACUGGGUGGUGAAGAGUGACAUCCUGUACCCCAAGGACUCCUCCAGUCCUCACAGUGGCGUGCCUGCCGAGGUGCUCUGCAGGGGCCGAGACUUUGUUAUGUGGAAGUUCACGCAGAGCCGGUGGGUGGUAAGGAAAGAGGUGGCAACGGUGACUAAACUCAGUGCAGAGGAUGUGAAGGACUUUCUGGAGCACAUGGCAGUAGUGAGGAUCAACAAGGGCUGGGAGUUCAUACUGCCUUACGAUGGAGAGUUCAUCAAGAAGCAUCCGGAUGUGGUCCAGCGGCAGCACAUGCUGUGGACGGGCAUCCAGGCCAAACUUGAGAAAGUUUAUAAUCUUGUGAAGGAAACUAUGCCAAAGAAGCCAGAUGGACAAUCAGGGCCUGCUGUGCUGGUCUCUGGGGACCAGCGGGUCCAAGUAGCCAAGAGCAAGGCCCAGCAGAACCACGCAUUGCUGGAACGGGAGCUGCAACGGAGGAAGGAACAGAUCCGGGCAUCCACGGUCCUGCCUGGUGUUCGGAUCAAGGAGGAGCCCAUGAGCGAGGAGGGAGAGGAAGAGGAAGAGCGGGAAGUGGAGGAAGACGAGGAGCCCAUGGACACCUCACCCAGUCGUGGCCUCCACAAUAGGCUGGCCAACGGGCUGCCUGCCGGGCGGGCAGCAGGCGGGGACAGCUUCAAUGGGCACCCGCCGCCAGGCUGCGCCAGCACCCCUGUGGCCCGGGAACUGAGGGCCUUCGUGGAGGCCACCUUUCAGAGACAGUUUGUGCUCACACUGAGCGAACUCAAGCGUCUCUUCAACCUGCACUUGGCCAGCCUGCCCCCUGGCCACACGCUCUUCAGUGGCAUCUCGGACCGCAUGCUGCAGGACACGGUGCUGGCCGCCGGUUGCAAGCAGAUACUGGUGCCUUCCAGGGUCAGAAGCACCUGCAGCCUUGGGUGAUCUGAGGCGAAGGCCCAUUCCCGUGUACGUGAGGGACAGGAACUAGGACAAGAGGCCCUGGAUCCCAGGCUGCCUGGGCUGUCCCAGGGGAUCUGGCCCUCGUGGCAGGGAAUCUCCUUGGUGAGGUCUCCUAUGGAAGGUACUGGGGUUUCGGGGGCCCUGCCCUGUUUGGAGCCACCCUGGCCCAACCAGUAAAUGGGUCGUUUUUCUGAAAGCUUUCCCUUCUCUGAGCUGGGCCAGGCAAGGGAGGGGCACCUGCCUGGUGUUAGCUAGGCUGUCUUAGGUGGCUGGAGUGGACAGAAGGUGAGGGACAUGAAGUGGGCUGCUCUCAGACAUCCUACCCCACCCUCAGGACCUGCUCUUGCCAUGCUUCUUCCUCUUGGUAGAGCUGGCAUCUGUGGUGACCAUGGUCCUCUCUGCAGCUCUCUCGUCAACUUCCCUCCCCAUGAUCGUGACGCGGGGGUCACAUCAUAGUCUUAUCUGAGGUAGAAGAGACCUCAGAUCAGUCUAGCCUUGUUUUUUUACACGAGGGAGCUGAGGCCCAGGGAGAACAAGCAGACUCAUAAAGACUUGAGUUUAACUCCUGGUUCUGCUACGUAUUAGCUAUGUGACCAUGGACAAUAAGUUAACCUCUCUGAACCGGAUUUUCUUCAUGGAGAGUAGGGUAGUAACACUUCGCUACCUCUCUGGUUUCUAAUGAUCAGAAGCCCAACUGGGGCUUUAAAUAUACAGCCAUGGUAGCGAUCAUUACAGUCACUUGUGUUGUGGCGCCAAGACUGCAACUGUGUCUACCGGCCUCCUCCUUCUGUCCCCCCGUCCAGGUACCCGGAGCCUAGGCCACCCUUUUCUGGGUCCAACUUCUGACCCUGCUGGUCCCAGUGGCAUGGGUUGCUUAGGAGUCAGGCAGGGCCUCUAACCCAUCCUGCCAUGGCUGUUGUGGGAAGGGGUUGAAAGGAAUCCCCAGGACACCCCUAAAGAGUUACUGGGGUGAGAGCACCUCUCAGGACACAUCUGAGGGUUGAUAUGUAGGGUAGGAGGACACUGGAUGUUAAAGCAGAGAGGUGAGCUAAUGUCAGGCUAAUGGGGAAAAUGGAAGAACCCGCCUUAUGCAGCGCAUCUGUGGGCUUCAGGCUGGGCGUGUCACUCUUUUUCUCUCACCGAAGCCCUCUAAGGUCCUGGUGGGGUGUGACUGGCUGCCUCCCUCUGGGGAGGAUGAGGAAACUGAUGCAGGUUUGUGGCUGCCCACAGCCCCACAGUUAGCGAGUACCAGGAGCUGGGAUUGGAACCCACAUUCCCAGAACUGGGCUGGUGCAGACUGGGAGAGGUGAGGGCUCGGGGCAGGUGGAUCCAUGUGGUAAAGACAAACAGCCAACUCAUGCCUGGGCCUU